AUUGUCGCUCGCUGUUGCCGUAACAAUCCCCACUCCGCCCGCAUCGUGACCACAACUGCUUCAUCAUUUCCCCUUCUGCUCUUCUCCCUCUCAAAUUCUUCAUCCGCGCCUUUGAUUUCUCUCCCACUCCCACUCCCACUCCAACAUCUCCACUUGCACAUAUCAAUUCCCAAGACUUUUUGAUCUCCUCACCUCCUCGACAUCUCUCCGUCCUCCCAUACACAAAAGUCAAGAUGUUCGCAAAGUCCAUCGUCGCAGUCGCGCUUCUCGCCGGCUCUGCUGCUGCACAAACCACCGCAAACUCAACCAUCGUGCCAACCAGUGUUUCUGCAACAAUCCGAGGUGAGUCGAUCUACUUCCCUUCCGCUUCAUCUCCUGCCACCGAAUUGGAAGAAAAUCACUAACCGUACUUUCCGUAGCACAAUGGUGUGCCGGUCAACAAAACACUUGUCCCGUCCUUUGCGGUGGUCAAGCAAAAACAAAGUCUAAUGACUGCGAUGUUGUAAGUUCAAUCCCCAUUCCUAUACCUUCUGCCGGUAUCUCAACUACAGAAUUGAAUCACUGACCCCGCGCAACAAACCAUGCUGACUUUUCUCGUAUAGAAUACCCUCGACAUUGACUGCACCUGCAGAAACGGCAGCGCUCCAGGUCUCAUGUACUACACCUCUACCAUGCCAACCUUCAUCUGCCAGCAGAUCUUCGACGAGUGUAUCCAGGCUGGUCAAAACAACGCACAAGCUCAGAAGCUCUGCACUGAUGCCCGUACCGCCAAUUGCGGAACCCUCGAUCCAUCCAAAUAUGUUGAACCUGCCUCCACCAGCUCUGCUGCUCCAAGUGCAACCGCACCUCCUCCAGCCGCUACCCCCGCCGUCGCCUCCAGUAGCUCCGCGGCCGCUGCUGCCCCAACUGCCAUCAGCGCCCGAGAUCUUGCUUCUGGUUUCCUCGCUGCCGGUGUUGCCGCCCUCGGCCUUCUAUAAACGAAGUGCCUGACAACUUUCGGAUCGCGCGGGAUAACAACGGGAAUUGGGUGCAAAGGGUGUAUUGGUGGUUUUGAAAACUUCCUUGGGGGACAUUUGUGAAUAUUGUAUUUUGUUUUUCGGCGUAUCAUCUUUUUUUUUCCAGCAUUGGUGUUUCAGGUUGACGCAUUUGCGAUUGCCGGUCUUUCAAUCGGUAACAGCAUGUGAGUGGAAGUAAUAUCACAGGAGAGAACAGGAGCGCAUAAGAGAUACCUAAUAUGAUGAGGAGCACAACGAAUUCGAUGAUCCAGUGGGAUCUUUUCAUGGGGGAGAAGAUGGAGAAUUGUAUUGCUGGCCUUGGCAUGAAAUGCAGAAUAUAGUAAAUACAAGUGCCUUCAAACGUAUAACAUUUUCCUGACCUGAAUCGCCUACAUGAGAUGUAAUGGUUUGCACGCUAGGAUGUAGUAUGAAUAGAGUUGAGUUUUCGGCACGGUAUGUACGUACAAGACAUACGAGAGAAGCCCGCCCAUCC